CUACAGUUUCACUGCUGAGAUUUGCGAGCGCGGAGGAGGAGCUGUCAAAGUUUUCAGCCAAGUCGAACGACGUUUCUUCAGAAGACGAGAAAAGAAGAUCUCUGGCCACUCUGAAACCAUAAAAAAGAAGAUCUAUUAACUAUGGAGUGAAGAUCGAAAGGUUUAAAACAUAAGACAUGGCACGGUCAACUGAGAUUGGAUUCUGCUUUAUUUUACUGCUUUCGUGGAGCCUGUGUGCAACGCCGGAUAAGAAAGUUUGUCAGGGAGCCAACAACAAACUGGCUCUGCUUGGAACAGUGGAUGAUCAUUAUCAGAUUCUAGUGAAGAUGUACAGCAACUGCACAGUGGUUCUGGAAAACCUGGAGGUUACGUACAUGACAGAGAAACAUGACUUGUCUUUCCUCAGGAGUAUUCAAGAAGUUGGUGGCUAUGUUCUAAUAGCUGUCAACACAGCUCCCAGCAUCCCUCUUGAGAACCUGCGCAUUAUCCGUGGCCACACCCUUUAUGAUGACAAAUCCGCACUGGCCGUCCUAUUAAACUCCAACAGCAGCAGUGGACAAGGCGUGAACCAGUUGUCACUGACAAGCUUAACUGAAAUACUGAAGGGUGGAGUCAAAUUUGCCAGUAACAAUCAUUUAUGUAACGUGGAGACCAUCCAGUGGACUGACAUUCUCAACAUGAAAAGUCAUCCUAACAUUGAACAGCCAGCACCUAGUUAUGAUAAACGCUGUAAGAAGUGUGACCUGAGUUGUUACAAUGGCUCCUGUUGGGCUCCAGGACCUCAAAACUGUCAAACAAUGACUAGGGUGAUCUGCGCAGAACAAUGUUCUGGAAGAUGUAAGGGACCCAAACCCAUUGACUGUUGUAAUGAGCAUUGUGCAGCGGGCUGCACCGGACCCAAACCAACCGACUGUCUGGCUUGUAAAGACUUUCAGGAUGAUGGAACAUGCAAGGACGCAUGUCCACGGCUCAUGCUGUACGACCCCAACACACAUCAGCUCGCUCCCAACCCUGACGGGAAGUACAGCUUUGGAGCAACGUGUGUCAAGAAAUGUCCACACAAUUAUGUGGUGACUGACCACGGGGCCUGUGUAAGAACAUGUAGCCCUGGCACCUCUGAGGUGGAUGAGGGUGGAGUUCGGAAAUGUAAGAGGUGUGAUGGCCUCUGUCCAAAAGAGUGUGAUGGGUUGGGAAUGGGGCCCCUGAACCAUGUCCUGUCAAUCAAUGCCAGCAACAUCGACUCCUUUGAGAACUGCACAAAAAUCAACGGAGGUGUUGCAAUACUCACCACGACUUUUAAAGGUGACCAACAUACUAAAACUCCAGAAAUGGACCCAGCCAAGCUCAACGUAUUUGAAACUGUUAAAGAAAUCACUGGCUACCUGAUGGUUCAAACGUGGCCGAAGAACAUGUCGUCCCUCAGCCCCUUUGAAAACCUGGAGAUCAUCCGUGGACGAAUGAAACAGCAAGGUACAUUUAGCUUUGCUGUCACCAGAACCUCCAUUACACACCUGGGCCUGCGGUCUCUGAGGGAGAUCAGUGAUGGUGAUGUGGCCAUCUCUCAGAACGAACGUCUCUGCUACACCAGCUCUGACCACUGGAAACGUCUCUUUAAGUCCUCAUCUCAGACCGUCAAAAUGUCCUCAAAUGCUGAUGCUGCCUCCUGUGCAAAUCAGAACAGCACAUGUGAUGAGAUGUGCACAGCUGAUGGCUGCUGGGGUCCCGGACCCACUAUGUGCUUUGACUGUAAACAUCACAACCGUAAAAGCUGUUGUGUGGCCUCCUGUAACCUGUUUGCUGGUGAGCCACGAGAAUAUGAGGUGAAUAAGACAUGCAUUGAGUGUGAUCCUGAGUGUCUUCUUAUGAAUGAAACCCUGACCUGCGCCGGCCCUGGACCUGACAAAUGUCGAGUGUGUGCGAACUAUAAAGAUGGACCGCACUGCGUACCACGCUGCCCGCAAGGCGUACCGGGAGAGAAAGACUUACUCAUUUGGAAAUAUGCUGACAAGAUGCGAGUGUGCCAGCUCUGUCACGAGAACUGCACCCAAGGAUGUACUGGGCCUGAUCUGAAAGACUGCAAAGACUUUAAAAGUUCGGGAUUGUCCAUGAUCGCCGCUGGUGUGGUUGGAGGUCUGCUGGCUUUUGUUAUCCUGGCUCUUGGAGUGGCUGUAGUAAUGCGCAGACGCCACAUCAAGAGGAAGAGAACCUUACGCCGACUUCUUCAAGAAAGAGAGCUCGUGGAGCCUCUGACCCCCAGCGGAGAAGCCCCCAAUCAGGCCCUGCUGCGCAUCCUCAAAGAGACCGAGUUUAAGAAGAUCAAAGUGCUUGGCUCAGGAGCUUUUGGUACUGUGUAUAAGGGUCUGUGGGUUCCAGAGGGGGAGAACGUGAAGAUCCCUGUAGCUAUUAAGGUCUUGCGAGAGGCCACGUCUCCUAAAGCAAACAAAGAGAUCCUGGAUGAAGCCUAUGUGAUGGCCAGUGUCGAUCACCCUCACGUGUGUCGGUUGCUCGGCAUCUGUCUGACCUCCACUGUUCAGCUCAUCACCCAGUUGAUGCCGUACGGCUGCUUGCUCAACUACGUAAGAGAAAACAAGGACAACAUCGGCUCGCAACACCUGCUCAACUGGUGUGUGCAGAUUGCUAAGGGAAUGAGCUAUUUAGAAGAGCGCCAUCUUGUGCAUAGGGACCUGGCAGCCCGUAAUGUUCUGGUGAAGACCCCUCAGCACGUGAAGAUCACUGAUUUUGGCCUGGCCAAGCUGUUAAGUGCUGAUGAGAAGGAAUAUCACGCAGAUGGUGGGAAGGUGCCAAUAAAAUGGAUGGCGCUUGAAUCUAUCCUACACAGGACAUAUACCCACCAGAGCGACGUCUGGAGCUUCGGUGUGACAGUCUGGGAGCUGAUGACUUUUGGAACGAAGCCCUACGAUGGAAUUCCUGCUAGUGAGAUUGCAGAAGUGCUUGAGAAAGGAGAACGACUUCCACAGCCCCCUAUCUGCACCAUUGAUGUCUACAUGAUCAUGGUCAAAUGUUGGAUGAUCGAUGCCGAGAGCAGACCUCGCUUCAGGGAGCUCAUCGCUGAGUUCUCCAAAAUGGCACGUGACCCGUCCCGCUAUCUUGUCAUUCAGGGUGAUGAUCGGAUGCACUUACCCAGCCCUUCGGACUCAAAGUUCUACCGCAGUUUUAUGAGCAGCGAACUGGAAGAAACCCUUGAUGCAGACAAGUAUUUAGUGCCCCAUCACAGCAGUUUCUUCAGCAGCCCGAGCACCUCUCGCACACAGCUGCUACACUCUGUGAGUCUCAACAGCAGCGUUGGAAACUGUCAGAGCAAAAAUGGGAAUGGCUUCCCGGCGAGAGAGAACAGUCAGGUCCUGCGCUACAUCCCAGACCCGACAGAACAGUUUGAGGAGGGAGACUUCCAGGCUGCUCCAGAAUACAUGAACCAAAAUGGCUCACUGAUGUCAAACAUGAACAACCCUAUAUACCAGCACCCAGGACCCCCCCGCACACUUCAGCACUCUUCAUCUGUGCUAGAUGAAACCGAGGAAGAAUAUCUCAACUGCUUCAAGAGCCCCGUUUCUCCUGCCGCCGCCCCACCCGAGUAUCUCAACACCUCCCACACCCAGCUCCUCUCCAGCCACUCCUUCUUCAACAUGCAUGGCUUCAAUCCACAGAACAGCAUGGACAACCCGGACUACCAGCAGGACUUCUGUCCCCUGGAACUCAAAACACACAAAAACGGUCGCUUGCCGGCCGCAGAAAACGCGGAAUACAUGGGGUUGGAAGUGCACUAGCACAUUGCGGAGAAGAUGGACUGUUAAAAUGAGCCACUUUAGAUAAAAGAUGGAAGGGCAUCUAUUUAUAGCAGAAGCACUGGCAAUUAGAUUGCCGAGUUGAUGAACUGUUGUUUGUCCUCCGUCGAGAGCAGGACAAGCUUUUGAUUUCCUUGGUAACCUUUCAGAUAGCCUUGAGUCUUUCUGAGCUAGACGUAGAUGCUGAUGUGGAUUGAAUAAGUGUGGCCCAGGAUACGACGACAGUUCCCACGUUGAUGCCAGUAGAAAUUCUGAAAUUGCAUCCCAUGGAACAAGUAGCUUGCGGACACCUCUGUUUAAAGACUCUUUUUAAGAAAAAUAUGAUUUCAGUCGUAAUUAAUGUUUCUCUUUCACUUCAAAAUAUGCAUUACAACAAUGUACUGAGCUCAAAUGUGUUUGUUAUAAAAAACAUUAUUUUUAUGUGUAAGCUGAACCCGGAGACUGUUUAAAGCCUCUCUGCUGUGAAUGAAAGACAAUUAUGUUGUAAAAUGUAAAAGAUUUCACUUGUCGUCUUUUUGCUGGAAAUGUUGGUUGUGUGGACAGGGUCAUUGCUUAAAUUUACAAUACUGGGAGAAAAUAAUAAAGGUGGGCUCCGGUCAGCAGUGUAAAGACAAAUUUAGCUGACCCCUUUUAUCGCGGGGACAGGAUGUCCCGCAUCUGCCUGUGAAUGGUAAGAAUUAGCCUUGUCCCAAGACCAACAUAGGACUGGUACAUGUACAGAACUGUAAUAUAUGGCUGACAUUUGCGUCAUUGUAUCUAACAGAGUAUUUUAUCUUUUGUGAUUAAAAACACUUACAGGGUCACUCAUA